UCUGGUGAUGGGAGAUGAGAAAUCAACGAUCGUGAUGGCGAGUAGAGAUCGAGAGCUUCUAAUCCCGGUCGCUGACUCUAUCCAUGAUGAUUCCUCCAAACCUUCUUCUUCUUCCUCUUCCUCGCAUCACGCCGGCCGCGAGACAUUUUACAAAGUCAUCAGGAGCUGGGCUUCUAAGAAGUUCAUGACAGGAUGUGUCAUUCUGUUUCCUAUAGCAAUCACUUUCUACAUAACGUGGUGGUUUAUUCACUUUGUGGAUGGCUUUUUCUCUCCAAUUUAUGCUCAACUUGGAAUUGAUAUAUUCGGUCUUGGAUUUAUAACUUCUAUAACAUUCAUCUUCUUGGUUGGGGUAUUGAUGUCAUCUUGGUUGGGAGCAUCUGUCUUGGGCCUUGGUGAGUGGUUUAUCAAGCGGAUGCCAUUUGUUCGUCAUAUCUACAAUGCGUCCAAGCAGAUUAGUUCUGCCAUAUCUCCAGAUCAGAACACACAGGCCUUCAAGGAAGUAGCCAUCAUAAGGCAUCCACGUAUUGGUGAAUAUGCAUUUGGGUUCAUCACUUCAUCUGUUACUCUGCAGAGCUACUCUGGUGAAGAAGAGCUAUGUUGCGUCUAUGUUCCCACAAAUCAUCUUUAUAUUGGUGAUAUGUUCCUCAUCAAUAUCAAGGAUGUUAUUAGACCGAAUCUAUCUGUCCGUGAAGGAAUUGAAAUUGUUGUGUCCGGGGGGAUGUCCAUGCCCCAGAUCCUGUCAACACUAGAUACAUGUUUGCCGCUGGAAAGAAGCAAAUCUGACAGAAGCUGAGGUUUAAGAUGACAGUUGUAGAGUUGUUUAUUGUAUUUUCUCUGAUUUCAGAUUUUAGUCAUCAGAGCACCCACACAGUCGAUGUGUUGGUAAUGCAGGAUUCGGAAUUAGAUUUUAAAUUUUGUUGGCUUUGACUGAUUCUGGUGGUAUAUGUACAGUUGCUUAUUUAUAUAGAAUGUAACCUGUUUGCUUUCAAAUAUAGUUUGGUCUAAAUUUCGGGGCAGGACCAGGCAUUUUGGUGCUGGAUUAUGUUUCUUCCAACAAUUAGAACAUCAAUGUUAUUGUACUGAAUGUGUUCCACUGUCACCUACCGUCGUUUCUCUCUCCCUCUGAAGUUCUUGAGCUUCGAUUCUGUUUAGUUAUUAUAGCCUGGAAUUGCUGAUUCAAUCAGCUUCUAGGUUGUCUCGAAAUCCGGCAUUCUUUUGGGACGUGGAAGUUUCAAAUUCCAACUAGCGGUUGUUGCACUAGUUGCCUGAAGGAUCCAUGUGUGGAAGUGAAAUGCAAAUAGUACUCCUAUUUAAUCAUGGCA